AACGGGGGAGCUUCCGAGCAGAUUACAUUUGGACAGGAUGGAGCUCAUCGAUACUCACCGGAAAUUGCUCGGACGACAGAAAGCGACCGUCCCCACAACGGAAAAUUUUCAAGGGAAGGGACGACUUCCUCCCCACUCCGUCCAACCACGUGAGCCAACUCCACGUGCCGAUAACCACGUGCCGUCCAACAGCAAGUCGUCGUCAACAAAAGUCAAGAAAAUUUUCCCAUGCAAAAUAUGCCUUCGUCCCUUCGCAAACCCAACAAGUGCUUCCCUCCACGCACCCACCUCAACUCCGACGAGCUGGAGAAGACCCCACUUUUCCGCGAGAAAUGCCCCCACUGCCAAAAAGUGUUCUUCCGUCGUCAUCACUUCACCGACCACGUGGCUGCGCACGAAGGUCGGAAGAACCACGCCUGCCCCCUUUGCAAAAAGAAGUUCACACAGAAAGCACAUUUGACCGGUCACCUCGUCGUCCACAUGGGUCGCGAGGAGCGCGCGGAGGUCCGGCAGGGCUGGCGACAUGUCUGCUACUUCUGCAGCAAACGGUACAAAAUUCCAUCUCUUCUCACUUGUCAUCUUGUGACCCACACGAAGGAAAAGUUGGGCGGAAGGUGUCACACUUGUGGAAAAACGUUCUGCUCCAAACAAAGCUUGGUCAGCCAUCGUUUCGCCCAUCUCUCCGAAGACGAGAAGGUCGCCCUCGUGAAGCAGGGGCCGAGUCGCGUGUGCUUAUUUUGCCAAAAGAAAUUCUCCGAUAACCGUGCUUAUCAUAAGCACCUAGUCUCCCACACGACGGAGAAACCAUUUCGCUGCGACCAAUGCGGAAAACAGUUCAGUUUGAACCAUAACUUAACCAUACACAAGCGCAUUCACAGCGCGGAUGCGCGGCGAUUCAAGUGCACCGAAUGCGACCAAGCCUUGACUACAGAAAAAUCCCUUGUAAUCCACAAAAAUACGGUUCAUCGGAAGAUGAAGGAGUUCGCGUGUCUCGAGUGCGCCAAGAAGUUCGGGAGGAAGGGGGACAUGGUGACACACGUGAGCGGUGUUCAUGCCAAAAUCCGGCACCCCUGCCCCCACUGCAGGAAGACUUACACGACGAAAUGCAAUCUUGGGACGCAUUUAAAGAAGGCUCAUCAUUCCUCAGAACCUCGUCCUCUUCCUGCCAAAUCAAUUAACUGACCACGUGUUUUACAUUUAUUUGUAUUCUUUCCUGAUUUCACCGUUUAUGAUAAGUUAAUUAUUCUUAUCCGA